GUUAGCCACGGCCAUUGUGCUUCGUUUGAUAAGUUUUUCGGAAAGUCCUAGGAUCGUCUUCUAGAGAUUUCUUUCUUAAGAAUCGGUUUUCAGACUCGAGACCUCGUGGGUCGUUGUUCUUUCUAUUUUUGCUUCUCAGAUUUUUUCCUCGGCGGAUUUUUAAGAGAGGUCCAGAUGUUUCUCAAUCAUGGUUUCAGUGUUAUUUAAGCAUAAUUGUGAUUUAAUUUCAUAAUUAGUUGAUAACACUGCAGCCUUCAUACGGUACUACCUCGGCAACCUUCAUGUACAGAAAAUGGGUUUCUGGACUUUUUUAGAAGGCUUUUUGCUCUUUGCAAAUGCAUUGGCAAUUUUGAAUGAGGAGCGGUUCCUUGCUCCAAGAGGAUGGACUUUGGCAGAAAUGACAGGGCCCAGGAGGAAUUCUCUUAAAGGGCAAAUAGUAGGACUCAUAUAUGCUUGUCAAUUCUUGAGACUUCCUCUAAUUCUCUUCAACGCUAUCUUUAUAAUUGUGAAGCUGGUCUCUGGAUAACUUAAUAGAGUGGCAUUGAAGCUCUGUGCAUGAUCUGUACAUUUUGUGUUCUGUGAACAUUUGCAAUCGUAUAAGUUCAAUUCUGAUGUAUAAUGAACAGAGUAAAUCAGUUGUAUCAGUUAAGUAUUGAAUCUGUCUUGAUUAUCAUUCUCAAUUCCCUUUGAAAUUCUGAUUUCUUUUGGCCCUAUUAACACGUGGCAUAUAAAUAA